AUGAAUUCGCUGGCGAACAAUAUCACCAAACCAACACUUGUGGACGUACUCAACAAUGAAACGUCGUAUCCAUAUUCAUUAGAUGAUUUCGCAACCUUCUUGGAUCAAACUUAUUGUUUGGAGAAUCUGGAAUUUUGGUUGGCAGUGAAAAGAUAUCGAUAUCACGCCAACAAUUAUUUUAAUUCGAAUUCCACCUCGGUUCCGGUGCUUUUAAUGUCAGAAGCUGCUGAAAUAACAUCCGAUAAUUAUUAUUUUGAUGACGCCUCGUUACGCGGCGAUACUCCAGCUCAUUUAGAUUUUCUCAAGCAAAAACUUCACGAGUUGCUCACCAGAUUCAUCUUGCCAAAUUCACCAAGAGAGAUCAAUAUCGUCUCAACGACUAGAGAUGACCUGUUGUCAAAUGUUUUUCAAUAUAAUAAUUAUCACCCUUCCAUACUUGACCCUGUUACCCAUCAAGUAUUUGAGUUGAUGCAAACAAGCAGUUUCAAUCAAUUUUUAAUUGAGGCCGGUAAUACCGAAUUAAGAAUGUCUGGCGAGGAUAGCGAAAGUCAAGAUUCAGAUUAUUCUUCUGGGGUUAGCUUCCGCGGUAUUACUCGUUCAAUGGCCAGUAAAUAUCGUGCCAAACAAAGAUUUGGGGCUGGUUUAAAACAAAAGUAUAAACAAUUAAUCAAAACCACCUCAUCAAAAAUCAACGGAUACUGA